AUGUCUCAUAUGCACUCCCAUGAUGGUGGCAUCACCAUGCACGCCAGCCAUGGCCACGACUUUUCCGUAUCGGCCGCUGAGCACGGACACAGCCACGAGAUCCUUGAUGGUCCCGGUAGCUUCCUGGGGCGGGAAAUGCCCAUCGUCGAGGGCCGGAACUGGGAGGACCGCGCGUUCACUAUUGGCAUUGGCGGACCCGUUGGCUCUGGCAAGACGGCUUUGAUGCUGGUCCUCUGCAAUGCUCUUCGCGAAAAGUACAAUAUCGCUGCGGUGACAAACGACAUCUUCACCCGCGAAGAUGCCGAGUUUCUGACAAAAAACCGUGCUCUGCCGGCAGAGCGCAUCAAGGCGAUCGAGACUGGCGGGUGCCCCCAUGCGGCCGUUCGCGAGGAUAUCAGCGCCAACCUGGCAGCCCUCGAAGAUUUGCAUGCCGUGUUCGGAACGGACCUGCUGCUCAUCGAGUCCGGGGGCGACAACCUGGCUGCUAACUACAGCCGGGAGCUGGCCGACUUCAUCAUUUAUGUGAUUGACGUGAGCGGUGGCGAUAAGGUACCGCGCAAGGGCGGCCCGGGCAUCACACAGAGCGAUCUUCUUGUCGUCAACAAGACCGAUUUGGCCGAGGCGGUCGGUGCUGACCUGGGUGUUAUGGAGCGCGAUGCCCGCAAGAUGCGCGAGGGUGGUCCGACUGUGUUCGCACAGGUGAAGAAGAACGUCGGCGUCGACCACAUCGUGAACCUCAUCCUGAGUGCAUGGCGCGCCAGCGGCGCCGAGACUGUUGCCAAGGCUCGCGGUGGCCCGCGGCCAACUGAAGGCCUUGAGGCGCUGAAGGCUUAG